UUUUCUCAAAUGUAAUACAUCAUUGAACCACAAGAAAGCAUCUGAAUCUAUUGAAAGAACAGGUAUCAUGCCUUUUGGUUUGGUGUCAGCAUGGAACAAACGUCGGAGAAGCAAGUCCGAGGAUCAGUUAAAUCCUUGGACAUAUAAACCUGUUGAAUAUUGGCAAAUCGAAGACCAGAAUCCACCUGCAGCAAAGAGACGGCAGGGAUCAUCAGUUUUCACACUUAAAGAAAUGGAGGAGGCAACAAAUUCUUUCAGUGACGACAAUCUACUUGGAAAAGGAGGAUUUGGUCGAGUUUAUAAAGGAACACUGCGGUCUGGAGAGAUUGUCGCAAUCAAGAAAAUGGAUCUACCUUCAUUCAAGGAGGCAGAAGGCGAGCGCGAGUUUCGCGUGGAAGUCGAUAUUUUGAGUAGACUGGAUCAUCCUAAUCUAGUAUCACUAAUAGGCUAUUGUGCAGAUGGGAAGCACAGAUUUCUAGUCUAUGAGUAUAUGCACAAGGGGAACCUUCAAGAUCAUUUAAAUGGGAUUGCAGAAGUGAAGAUGGAUUGGCCCUUAAGGCUAAAGGUUGCGAUUGGGGCAGCAAGAGGACUUGCAUAUCUCCAUACCAGUUCAGCCGUUGGAAUUCCUAUAAUUCAUAGGGACUUCAAAUCCACCAAUAUUCUUUUAAACACUAAUUAUGACGCAAAGAUAUCAGAUUUUGGCCUUGCAAAAUUGAUGCCUGAAGGCCAGCAAUCGUGUGUGACGUCUAGGGUACUUGGUACUUUUGGUUAUUUUGAUCCUGAAUAUACAUUGACCGGAAAACUCACUUUACAAAGUGAUGUUUAUGCAUUUGGUGUUGUUAUGCUGGAGCUUUUAACUGGACGCAGGGCUGUGGACCUCACCCUUGGACCAAAUGAUCAGAAUUUAGUACUACAGGUGAGACAUAUAUUGAAUGAUAAGAAGAAGCUCCGUAAGGUGAUUGACCCUGAGAUUAGCAGGAGCUCAUACACAGUGGAGUCUGUCACCAUGUUUGCUAACCUAGCAUCUCGUUGUGUGAGACCUGACAGUAGUGAAAGGCCCGCAAUGGUAGACUGCAUCAAAGAACUUCAGCUGAUCCUCCACACGAAUACGAAAGGGUUAACUAUGACUAUGCAUACAUUCAGAAUGCUCUGAGACCUUCUCCGACUGACAUGGAUGACACAAAAUCUGAUCAAUAUGUGCCAAGAAGAAUUUUCUUCCAAUUCAGAAGUUGCAAUAUCAGCUAAAAGUUUCAAAUGUACAUUUGAAAGAAAAAUGAGGAUGGUAGGAUGUAGUAAGUUGUCAAAAUAAUAAAAGAACAUGCCCAGAUUCAAGCGGAA